AUGAUGCCAACUUAUUCUUUGCAUGAUGCUAUAUGCCAAAUAGAACUUUUCUCUCAUGUGCCAGUGCUUAAGAACUUUGUGAGGCAUUUGCAGCGUAAGAACUUCAAUGUUUGUGCAGUAUAUUUACUUGAUUCCCAGUUCAUGACGGAUGUGACCAAGUUUAUAAGUGGUUGUACGGCUUCUCUCUCUGCAAUGGUUCAACUUGAGCUACCACAUGUUAACAUUCUUUCCAAAAUGGACCUUGUGACGAACAAAAGGGACAUUGAAGAUUACUUGAAUCCAGAGCCUCAAGCUUUGCUGGCUGAGUUGAAUCAACGCAUGGCUCCUCAAUUUGAAAAGCUCAAUAAAACUUUGAUUGAAUUGGUGGAUCAGUAUAGCAUGGUGAGCUUCUUGCCUCUUGACUUGAGGAAAGAGAGCAGUAUACAAUAUAUCUUGGCACAAAUUGACAACAGCAUUCAGUACGGAGAAGAUGCAGAUGUGAAGGUUAAGGACUUUGAUCCAGAGGAUGAUUAGAAGCUUCAUAUUUCUCGGCUACUUUUGACCACGUGUUCCGGGAGAUGAAAGCCAUUGGGUGGGAAGCCAUCCCAUGAAUCAAAGAUAAAAAUGUUUUGUGCCUUUUUUUCAGCAAUGGAGUUAAAAUGUUUGUGCUUGAUCACAUUAUGUGAAUAUCCUUUGACAGUGACCCUCAUCGGAUUGCUUUAGCAUUGUACUAUUCUAUAUGCCAAAUGAAGUUUACAUUAAA